AUAUUAGAACGACUGGCGCGCAGAUUUAUGACGUCAUCAUCAUAGCGCCGUCGCACAGCUCGUACUGGCAGAGGCGGACGAGGGUAGUGGCAGGGACAGACGUGGGUGUGAUCCAGUUGCACCGGGCUUUUCGUUUCCAUUGAGAGGAUCGAGGAACUGCAAGCGUACACAGCCGGCGACGAACAGAUACAAGCGAGAGAACGUCGACGGUGCACCUCAAUGAUCGUGUGCAUUUAUUUUUGAAACACCAACCAGGGGUUACAGCAGAAGACCACUUUGGCCAGUUAACAGAUGUGACCAUCUCCAUGGGGGUUGUCACCACCGUGACCCAUGAGGCCCGGAAUGGGUCACGGGAGGCAGAGGCGCUGAUGGAGGAGAUGGGCAUGCGGAAGGAGCAUUACAUUUGUGGCUCCUGCGCAGCCUUCACCAAUAUCCUGGUCACAUUCCCGAUCCAGAAGGUGCUGUUCCGCCAGCAGCUGCAUGGCAUUCGGGCAGGUGAGGCUCUUCGCCAGCUGCAGCGUGAUGGCCUACACAACCUGUACCGGGGGCUGCUGCCACCACUUCUACAGAAGACCACUACAGUGGCACUCAUGUUUGGUCUGUACGAGGACCUCUCUCGCCUACUCCAGAGGCACGCUGAGUGGCCAGAGCUGCUAACGCGCAAUGCAGCAGCGGUGCUGGCUGGCACAGCCGAGGCCGUCUUCACCCCCUUUGAGAGGGUGCAGACACUCCUGCAGGACCACCGGCACCACAGCCGGUUCAACAACACGUUCCACACUUUCCGGACAUUGGCGGGUGACUAUGGUGUGAGGGAGUGCUACCGCGGCCUGGUGCCCAUCCUGUUGCGCAAUGGGCCCAGCAACGCCCUCUUCUUUGGCCUGCGUGGCCCCAUCAAGGAACAGCUUCCUGAGGCCCAGACCCAUGCAGCCCAUCUGGUCAAUGACUUCAUUUGUGGGGGCCUGCUGGGGGCCAUGCUGGGAAUCCUAUUCUUCCCCCUUAAUGUGCUGAAGACACGAAUGCAGUCGCAAGUGGGCGGUCCCUUCUUGCCCUCACGCCAGGUGUUUUUCACUAUUCUGAAGGAGCGUGAUGGCAAGGUGAUGCACCUGUACAGAGGGGCACACCUGAACUACCACCGGUCUAUCCUCUCAUGGGGUAUCAUCAAUGCCACCUAUGAGCUGCUGCUCAAGCUCAUGUGAGAACAGUAAUAGGGGGCAUAUGGCCUCUCAUGCUGGGCAAAACUGGGGAAGCAGUCCAUGUCCUGCAUGUCCUCCCAUUCCCCACUGUCUAGCUGUGUGAGAUGAGCAGUGGCAGACAAGUCUGAAACUUUUCUUUUUUUGGGUUAUACUACUGAGUUUACAAUGUCUUAUGUGCCUGAGGCUGGGAACUUAUUACAAGGAUCCUUGAAGGCGAAAUAUAGCAUCCAAGAAAUACAAGAAUGAGUUUUACAGUACGAUGAACUGAAUCUGAACUGAAUAGAAACCUAUACUCUUUGUCACCACUGACUACACUCUAAAAUCAACACUUGUAUAAGUUUUUAUUUUUUUAUUUUUAAAAUGGAUGGCUGAUGGAACCGUUGAAAGGUGUAUCCACUGCUAUUUGGAAUCGUGAUCUUUUCUUUUUUUUUUAAAGGUUUUGUUUUGUUAAGAAAAGUGAAGACAGAUUACAGAUUGAAAAAAUGAAUCUGGCCUUCCCUGUCUUGCAGCACAAUGCAAAGCAUCAAACUGUUCCUUUUGGUUUCCUUUUUUUUUGUUUAUUUUUUUUUUUUAAUAAAAAAAAAAAAUAAAAAAAGGAGUAGCUGCACGUGAGCCCCAUUCAGGAGCAGAGUUUGUUUUCACCUGAGCUCUAAUAAUUUUUUUUGUGCUUUUAUUUUCCCAGUGUAAUUCUAGAUUUUCUUUUGUUGACCCUGUAUGAAUCCAUAUUUAAUCAUGAUCUAUCCAUGAAAUGCAACACCUUUUUACAACUUUUGUUGUACGUGUGAAUUUUUAGUAUAGUGCAUCACAAUACACUGGGUCCUCAGCUAGCAUGUUGAAUUAAUCUGGUCCAACACUCUGAGUGUGUUGAUGACUGACUAAUAAAACACUGGUCACAAUGCCCACUCAAUAAAUAAUUUUUUUUUUCUAAAUGAAGAGAAUACAAACAUUUUAAUUUCUAAUUGUAUUUCUGAAAAUUUGUAACUUGAAUGUUUAUAACAUAGACACCCAGUGUAAAUUGAGAUAUGUAAGUAUUAUCAUUCAGUGUGCUUUUGCUUUGCUACAGGCAGAGACAUCCACACUGUUGGUUCAUGUCUAAAGUAUACUUGCAUUACUGUAUCAUUUUCUGGUAGCCACUGUGCAGCGGUAAGGUCACUUUCUCCUGGACAGAAAGGUCUAUUUAUUCUGGCUAUGUUUUGGUUUGAUGUGGAAAUUCGUCCAUUGCACAGCAGUCAGAUCAAAUAUGCAUGAACUGAUUUCUGCUGUUUGCUGAGGUGAAGUGCUGUUGUUGAAAAUCAUGGGAGUCCUUGAUAUAUGGCUGACCAUAAAACAACAUUUCAAAUUUUGUAACGGCGCUUUCAGUUUUGGCAGUUCUCAUUUAUUCUGCAUAGCAUUUUUGUAAAGGACAAAAAGAUUUUUAUAUUGCUUGGUGCUUUUUUCUUGUUUUAUCUUUUAUUUUGGUUUAUGUGGUCUGUAUUUUUCCCUCAAACCACUGGAAACAAACCAUGUAAUUUAGCUGAACUAUUCCUUCCAGAGCCAUACAUUUAGUAAUCUUUGCUUGGGAACAAAGAGAAAGAGAUUAAAUACUGACAAUAUUUCCCAUACUGAUAUAUCAAGGCCAUCCUUUUCACAUCUGAGGUCUUUGUAACUCCUUGAAUUUCAAAAAUGUGGUUACUUUAAAGGGAGCUCAUCUGCUUCAACACUAUGCUUUUACUGUGUGACUAAUGUACUUUGUAGAACGGUCAAAUAGCAGAGUGAUGGCUUGUAGGCUGUCUUCUUGGAGAGACACUCAAGUAUUGUUUCUCUGGGCAUUUACAGUUCUGGAAAACCAGUUGUCAAAGAGCAAAAUGUUGACCUGGAAUUUCAUACUUAACACCCCAGCUGACUGCAUAUGAGUAGAUUUACUGUCCCAUGCUUAUAUUAUCAAUGGACAAGGUCACCACUGUGGUUUUAAAGAAUGGUCAACACAGAGUUCUGCACUGCCAAUGUUUGCAUUUUAUUUUUGAGUAAAACUAAGGUCACAAAAUUAAAAUGCCUUAAUAUGCUGUUAUGAUAGUAUGUACUGUAACAUCCAUACCAUAUAAUCUGCAUUUGCACCUCCCACCAUGUUGUCUGAAAGCACAUAAAGAAGGAGGUGACAUUCAUUGUUGGGUUGCAGCCAUUUGGCUGGUCUACACGUCUGGCAGAAUACAUGGACUCCAAAUGACGUGUCUCCUCACAGUCCAACAGCCAGUGGUACCAACAGUGUUCCACUUUAGCCAGUAAGUGAAAGAAGGCCAUAGUUGUGUCAUUUUUUUUCUACAUACGGAUCUCUUUUGUAAUGAAGUAAGGUGUGGAGUUCAUUCAGUGUUUGUAUUCUAUAAAGUGAAAUUCCUAUUAACAAUGCAACCUGUGUUUGUGGAACAGUGUGUGUCGGCAAUGCCUUAAACUAAUAAUAAACUUUUGUAAUGUGCAAGCGUACGGUAAAUUUGGAUAUAUUUUUAUUUUUGCAUGUACAAUCAAGUCAUAUACAUCCGUAUAUGUGUGCUGAAUGUAAACACUGGCUUAUGCAAAACCAUUCAGUUUGAGCUAAACACAGUAUAACCAAUAUUACAUCUGUAAAACCUGUCACGUAGUGUCACUGCGUGGCGAACUUCCAGGCAGAAGAAAUCUGUGAGUUCUAACUUCCUGUAGUUUCAGUUGUUUUUUUUCUUUCUAUAAUGAAUGAAUAUAUUUCAAAAUGUAUU